ACUAUAUAAAAUUCCAACACAAAAACAUUCGUCUCCCUCUCUCUCCCUCCCCCCCUCUCUCUCUCUCUCCUCUUCAUUCUGGGGAACCUCAGUUCUCGCCGCUCCAGAGCCCACAGGAGAUCCGCCUCCGCCAUGGCCGCCGCCUCCGCCAAACCGUCGGCCGCUCCUAAUUUCUCGCCGGAUUCCCCGCCGCGAUUGGCGCUCACGCCGGAUCAGCUCAAGCACUGCUCCGAAGCCCUCGGAUUCUUCAAGGAAAAGCUCCGAAGCCCUCACCAGAUUAACCAGGAGUUCGGUUUGCUUCAGGCGAAUAGAAUAACGCCGUCGGAGAUGAGGAGAAACUGCACGGUGGCUCUCGACAGUGUGAAUUUGAGCAAAAACCGCUACACGGAUGUUUUGCCCUUUGACCAAACCAGAGUUGUACUCAACUCUUGCAAGGAUUAUAGACCUUCUGCAAGGGGCUAUAUCAAUGCCAGCUUUAUCACGGUUUCUUCUUCUGAAAGUGUUUCCCACUUUAUAGCUACACAAGGUCCCCUUCCUCACACAUAUGAGGAUUUUUGGGAGAUGGUGAUCCAGUACCAGUGCCCUGUGGUUGUGAUGCUCACUCGAUUGGUCGACAAUUAUAGGAUGGUAAAAUGCGGAGAUUAUUUUCAAGCAGAAGAUGGUCCUAGAGAAUUUGGUAAUAUAUGUACAAAUACUAAGUGGGCAAGUACCACUAACACUUCAUUAGUGUUGCGCCAUCUGGAGGUGAAUUAUAAGGAGUCUGAGGAACCACCCAUGUCUGUUUUGCAUAUUCAGUAUCCCGAAUGGCCAGACCAUGGAGUUCCCGGAGACACGAUUGCAGUACGUGAAAUUUUCAAAAGAAUUCAUCGAGUACCACCCAAUAUUGGGCCAGUUGUGGUGCACUGCAGUGCAGGUAUAGGGAGAACUGGAACAUACUGCACAAUUCACAACACGAUCCAGAGAAUUCUUGCUGGAGACACGUCUGCUUUAGAUCUUGCAAAAACCAUAACCAUGUUUAGGUCUCAGCGAAUUGGAAUGGUUCAAACACUGGAGCAAUACCAUUUCUGUUACUUGGCUAUCGUAGAUGAACUGGAAGACCUCAUCUCCGGUCCCAAUGGCGAAAACAGUUCAACAGUGCGGCAAUUUAAGCAGAGAUGAGUAAAUCAAAGCCAUCUCCGAGCAGUUGUGCUUUAACGAGCCAGAUGUUGAUGAAUUCAUUGUUAUGGCCAAUUAACCCUUCCCAAAUUUAUCCGUUCCUCUGUUUCGGCAUAGAGGCACCUGGGAACUCUUAUAAUAAAAAUAAUAAACUAAUUCCCACAAUUUUCACGGGAAAAAGAAACAUAUUGUGGGCUUAGUGUUCCCAGUUUCUUUAGGAUGUGCAUUUCACAUGGCCGCCUAAUUCCAGAGAAUCCACCAUUUAUGUUCAUUGGUAUAUAUUCGUAAUGAAUAUCUCCUUCAUUUUGAUAUAGAUACUGUACGUUGAUAUUCUACCUUGGGAAUAGGUCCUCUAUGAUAUGCUGUAAAGAGUUUCUUUGAUGCACAAUUGAGCUUUAUGAUUUUGGAUUAUCAAAACCUUAUUCUGAUGAGGAAAUGUUGCAGUUUUUUCUU